AGAGGAGAAGAAGAAGAUGGGUCCUCCAAAGAUCCUUCUAAAGAUUCUAAAUAUUCUGGAUCAGGAGAAAUUUAAAAGAUUCAAGAUAUAUGUGACGAGUGAAGAUUUCCUGGAAAACGUUCCAAUAAUUCCACCCUUUAAACUGGAAGACAAAAGCAGAGAAGAGACGGUGACUGUGAUGUUCCAAACCUACAGUGUUCACACUCUGAAAGUCACUAAAAUAGUUCUUCAGGAGAUGUCUGAGAAUAACCUGGUGGAUAAAUACAUCACAGACCUCCCUGAAAUUCCAGAGAUCAUCAAUAAUUGUCAUCAAACAUUCAAACCUGAGACACAAAAGACCUUGCACCGUGUUACUGAUGGAGUUGAAAACAAAGAAAGCCCUCUGGAGCAGAUCUUCACAGAAAUCUACAUCACACAAGGAAGAAUUGAAGAGUUCAAUAAACAGCAUGAAGUCAGACAGAUUGAAGCAGCACGAGGGGAAACAGAUGACACAGAAGUAAACAUUGACCCUAAAAAUAUACUUGAACUCUCACCUGGAGAAAAAGGACCAAUCAGAUUAGUGAUGACAGUGGGCGUGGCCGGCAUCGGGAAAACCAUCUUAACACAGAAGUUCACUCUGGACUGGGCUGAUGGCAAAAACAACCAAGACAUCCACUUCAUCUUCAGGAUGGAAUUUAAACAGUUAAAUGGGCUGAAAGACAAAGAGCUCAGCUUUGUGGAUCUUGUUCAUCGGUUCUUCCCGCUUAUCAAAGAAGAAGGAAUCUACAGUUUUGAAGACUUCAAGGUUCUCUUCAUCCUUGAUGGUCUGGAUGAAUGCAGAAUUCCUUUGAAUUUUAAAAAUCCUGAAACUCUGAGCGACAUCACAGUGCCUGCUUCCAUAGAUGUGCUGAGCCUGGAUCCCGUCACUCAGCUGUACGUCAGCGUCGAUGCCAGCACCAAAGACAGCCUGAAGAAGAUCGACCGGCCGCUGUUCAAAGACUUCUGGCCGCGCUUCCUGGACAGCCUGAAGGCCCUGGGGGAGAAG